AUGGCCACUGAUAAUAGUGUCAUACAAAAGUAUUUUGAUAUACUUGAAGACACACUUAAAGAAAAUUCUCUAUUCAACAAUCCAACUCGCAUAUUCAACUGUGAUGAAACAGGACUCCCAUUGAAUCCUAAAUCUUUGAAAGUUGUGAGUGGUCGUGGAGCUAAGAAUGUCAGUCAAAUCACUGGAGAAGGGAAGUCUCAAAUCACAGUUCUGGCAUGCACUUGUGCAGCUGGAGUACCAUUGCCUCCAUUUGUAAUAUUUGAUCGUAAGACCUUUAAUGAUCAGCUAAUGGUAGGAGAAAUACCAGGUACACUUUACGGCUCAUCUCCAAAUGGAUGGAUCAGUAGAGAGCUGUUUUUGUACUGGUUUCGUAAGCUGUUUUUAACGAGUGUUCCUAGGGUACGUCCUCUCCUUCUCCUGAUGGAUGGUCAUUCUACUUAUUAUGGUCCUGACCUUAUCAAGAUAGCAGCUGAAGAGCAAAUUUUAAUAUUUGUAUUGCCACCCAAUACCACUCAUUUAACACAGCCACUUGACAAAGGGUAUUUUGGGCCAUUAAAAACUGCUUGGAAGGCUGUGUGUCAUGAGUUCUGCACUAAAAUCCCUGGUCGUGUGGUAACCAGUUACGAUUUCUUUGUAUUAUUUGCUGAUGCAUGGAGAAGGUCAAUGACACAGAGAAACAUUGCAAGUGGCUUUGAAGUAACCGGCAUAUGUCCCUUCAACAGAAAUGCUAUUAAAACUGGCAAUGACAAGCAAGAAACCAUCAGCCGUUCACUGUUAGACCAGACUGGUCUAGCAUACAUACCGCUCUAUAGUCCAGACAUAAAGAGAACGAGGGAUCAUGAUUCUUCAUUCAAUUCUAGUCUCUUGGAGAGAUCACUUUCAGAGAAUGAUUUAUUGCAAGCUGUCACUCCAAUGUGA